AUGGCAAAAUCCUCUAUGACUUGUUCUCUGUCUGUUUUAGUUUUAGCAUUGGCUCUUCUUGCUCUAACUUUUAUUCCCUAUGCAUCUGCAAAACACAAGCCAUCACCACCACCGCCACCACAUGGAGCUCCGACCAAGUCUCCGGUCGUACCACCAAUACCCAGGCCGCGUCCACCGCCACCACCACCACCAUCACGACUGCCGCCGCCACCACAACGGAAAUAUGGAAGAUCAUCUUCAGCUUCAUCACCACCGCCGCCGCUCUAG